AUGGUUCCCUCUACUAGAUCGCUUUCAUUUCUUCUUGCCCUGCCGGCGCUUGCCUUCUUCUCUCUAUCAGCGAGCGCUUUGCCUCAUCCUCGGACAGCGUCAAGCCCAGCUACGCUCAAGCUCGCUGUUAGAAUAAACUCGUACGGGAUCAAGAACAUCGCGGCUGCAGAUAGAGCUCGAAUCCAAGCCCGACAAGCUGGCGGCAGCUCUUCCAUCAGUGCAACCAAUAAUGUGAUGCUAUACACCGCUGACAUUGGCGUGGGGAGUCCACCAACGUACUACACAGUUCUGGUAGACACGGGAAGCUCAAAUACUUGGAUCGAGGAUGAGGCUUACAAGAAGACUGCUACAAGCCAUGACACAGGCGGUAUCUUCUGGGUUGCAUAUGGUAGUGGGGACGUUGCUGGAGAGGAAUAUACAGACACCGUGACGCUCAACUCUGAUUUGGUCAUCGACAACCAAUCUAUUGGCGUCGCACGUGUAUCCUUAGGGACGGAGGGCCUGGAUGGAUUUCUUGGCCUUGGACCAGUUGGUUUAACGCGAGGCACCGUCAGUAAUCAAGGUCAAGUUGCAACUGUGAUGGACAACCUCUAUCAUCAGGAAACGAUUAGUUCGGAAGUACUCGGAGUGUUCUUCGCACCUGCUUCCUCCGAUAAUAGUAGUGGCGAGCUCACAUUCGGUGGUUAUGACACCUCCAAAAUCACUGGAGGCGUUAGCUACGUGCCGAUCACAUCGACAUCUCCAGCGAGUGGAUAUUGGGGCAUUAAUCAAUCCAUCAGCUAUGGGGAUACGCUCAUUUUAGAUGAGACAGCUGGUAUCGUCGAUACCGGAACCACCCUGAUUUACAUUCCCUCCGAUGCCUUCGACAAAUAUCAGUCUGCCACGGGGGGAACCCUCGAUGAGGCCACUGGCUUGUUAAAGAUCUCAUCCGACCAGUACGACCAGCUAUCAUCCUUGUAUCUCACUAUUGGCGAGGUCACUUAUGAGCUCACCCCGAAUGCGCAAAUCUGGCCUCGAUCGUUGAACAGCGCCAUUAACGGUACCAGCGACGGUAUAUACCUGGUUGUCAGUAGCAGUGGGAGUUCCAGUGGUUCUGGUGAUGAUUUCACGAAUGGCUACUGUUUCCUUGAGCGUUUUUACUCGGUGUUCGACACGACAAACUCUCAAGUCGGAUUCGCCACCACUGAGUACACCUAUGCUACGACAAAUUAA